AUGGGAAUUUUAUUUGAUCGAUUAUUGGUGGUAAGUUAUAUCGGCAAUUUAUCACCAGAUGAAAUUGUCAGACGCAUAGAAGGUGACGAGAAGGGAGAUAAAAUCGAUGAGAAAACAAAGUCAAAGAGUAGUGCUGCUCAAAAAGCAGUAACGAGCAGCAAUACCAAUAAUCACACUUUAAAGGAUAUACCGUCUGCACCAUUGAGUGUAGUAUCGAAAACAGUGAAAGAUACGAGCAGUAAACGAAAAUCGGAUAAGGAUAAGAGACAUAACGGCAGCACUGAUAAGGUGAUGUAUUCACCGAAACGCUCGGUGGAGAAUGGCAACGUUGAGGUAACGUCAAACGCAAAAGUCGAUGAAACUGCGAUUGCAACAGUUAAAGAUGAUAAUGCAGCAAAUAACGAUAACGAUAGCAACACUGGCAACAAUUGCUCGGAACAGAGCAGUGACGGUGAUAGUGGCGCAGCAACAGUGUGUAUUGCAGAUGAGGAGAUGAUCAUUCGGACGGAUGAGGAGGUUGUUGAUGUGGAUGAUGAGGAGCAAUAUAUGAGUGCUGAUGAGGGAGUUAAUUCCGGGGCGAGUGAUGACGUGUAUCACACCGACGAGUUGUCGGGAACGUCUGGUUCACGUGAUUUGAUGAGUGAUGGAGGCAACUUUCGUGCAGAUGAUGAACCGGUCAUCCCGAAUAGUGCCGCAGCCGAAGAAGCUGAAUUUAUUCCAGUCACUGCCAAAUCAAGGAAGAAAACCGCUCCUCCGGCAAUCAACGUCGACAAAAAGCAUUCAUAUACGGGUAUUGUGGACAAGGGUGGAAAUUCUCGUGGCGGAGGUGCGCUAAAAGAUGGCGGUAUGGGUCUGAGGCAGAGACGUAACUCGGCGCAGUUGACGAUUGAGACUGGUACAUCGUCACGCGCAUAUCACCAUUCGCCAUCACCAAACGAGCGUGUUGUCUGGUCUCAACAUGGAAGCAAAUGGCAUGGAAAUAGUAGUGGAAUGCAGUCGAAAGGUACCGUUGAGAGGGUUCCUGCAUCCAGUUCACUACACACCAGUCGUGCCGCAUCUCCUGAUCGUCGUUCAAGUCAACCCUCGAAUUGUCCGAUAUCCAAUGCUCGAUAUGCAGCUGCCGUUGCAAACACUAGCCAUAAAGUUUUACCAUCUGAUCUCACAGUCUAUUCAACGGGUAAUCAAGGAUCUUUUGCUAAAGCGCUCCUUUCGCCGCCACUCAAAGAUGGAAACAAGACGAGUGCUCACGUUCCGUCGCAAUCUCUAAGAGGUACUCUCCAUACAAGCGUAUCGGGAAGUGCUUUGAAUGAUACAAAGAAAAAUUCGUUAAUAUACGAUCCAUCUGACGAAAACGCCAAUCCUCCGUUGCCAUCAGCACGUCGUGCUCCGAACUCUGAUCCGAAUAUGACCAAUACUGUCAACACUCACGUGGCAAUUCCAUCUCGUUCAUGGGCUGAUAUAGCGAAAAGCAGCCGAGUUACAACGACAGCAACGUGCAGUGCGGUGAAUGGCAAUGCCAGUGGUGCAGCGCUAACGUGCAAAUCACGUGUAAAUGACUCAACCCAAACGCAAACGUGCUCAUCUGAUGAAUCCGUACCUCGUGAAAUGACAAGCCCGUCAUCGAGCAACGUAUCCAAUCCUGAACGAGCGUCUAGUGUUGAUUCAUCUGCUAAUGAUUCAACUGAAACAGCGAAGGAAUCCGAAUGUGCGGUGGCAUCGUGUUCGAUAUCGAGCGAUGCGGUAAUAACACAAAUCCCAGAUAAUGAUGAAGGAAUACGGCUGCAAGGCAUUUCAUUCUUUUAUGACCCGAAUGAACCGACGGCCAAUUUCGAUCAGAGGACUCCAAUCGAUUUCAGUGCUACUGACUUGGAAGAUUUUUCUACGAGCACUCCCAUAGCUAAGUGCUCGCAAGAAUCCGCCAUAUUCAUCAGUGACGAUCGCAUUCCGAGCAAUGAUUCACCGAAGUCUGACAAUCAAAAUUCUGAAAAGGAAACGAUUUGUGAUAAAAAGGACGCGCCGCCAAAUAGUGUUGUGCUGAAUUUGGAAAAUGGCAAAACAAUCACUCUACCUGCGAUGGGAACAAAUGAUUUGAGUAAAGUAGUGCUGGUUGAGGACAGGAAGCACGUUAUGCUCGUUGAACAGUUAGCGCGUCACUGGAAAAAUUUCGAACAAUGUGGUCCAGCACCGAUUCGGUACAAAGAGCUUAUGAAGAAGAGGCCGAAAGCAACAAAAACGUCGACAAAGAAUAAUAUAGCGAAUGUAAAAACGGCGAAGUGUUGA